GAACCAUGCAGCGGAUCCAAUCUCGCCAGUCUCGAUCCGUCAUACCGCUUCACCUCCGCAAUCGUCUUACAGCCCAUCUCAGCUUCUGGCCUCCUCAUCACACACCCCGAUUGAGCGACCUCUCGUGGUGCACGAUCAGCUCUGCUCUUCUGGAAAGAGUCUCUCGCCGUCCAAGCGCAUUCGGCCAGAGCCGGAUCGCGUGACAAGAUCCCAGAGAUGGAAAUCGAUGCCCAGAGCGACUUCGCCGGAUCCCUCACCUUACUUGCUCACUAUUCCUGCCGACGUACUCCUCUGGACGCGAGCCGAAGCAGAGAGGAGUUCGCGUACUUUUGGCGAAGGUCCCAGACGGGCGAACAAGGGAUACAUCGGCUGGCUAGAGACGAUCUUCUGGCUCGUCACGCCUUUAGGCAAACUAGCCGUCGGCUGACCGAUCACGUCUCAGCAGAUCUGCAAGGCCAAAUUGAAUAUAUGGGAGAUGCUCUGCGAGCACUUCGAGAUCGAUGCGUGUACCGGUACCUUGCCGAUCAAGAGCUGCCAAGAUGUGCUUGACGACAUUUUCCUCGAGCCUGCACUGGCAUCACGGGCAGAACAGAUCGCUCCCGCUCUGCGACUCUGUUCGAGACAUUGGAAAGCACGACAUCUCGUCUGGGAAGUCAUCAACGAUCCGCCCACGUUGGUGCCCCUGCUGGUCGAGCAUAUCCUCCAGCGACGCCAACGCAAAGUCGGUCCCUCUUCUGGACGGCGGCAGCCAAGAAGAGUCAGCGCCCGACUGCAAAACGCCACUGUUGACUCGCAAGCUUCUACAAGCCUGCCUAGUCCGCAAGAGGCGCAGCCGGGUCUGCCAGACAGGCCAAAAGAUUUAUUACCAACGCUUGAUACAUCUCUCGAUGAGGAUCUGCUGCUCGUCCCACGACUUGUAUCGAUAGCGAGCCCUUCUGACGACAGCAAAAAUCCAUCGGAUGAUGAUGAUGAAGACGCAGAGGCGAUCCUUGAGCGUGCAAGGGCCAAAUACGCCAAGAAGCCUGCGCUUGCACUGUCGGGCCGUACGGAUCUCAGUGCCGAUAUACUCCAUUUAGACUCACCAGACGAUCCUAAAGAGAUCGCACGGCGACGUCUGCGGGCUUUGCUGAGACCGCUGACAAGUUCGGCGGACGUCUAUCCGUCAGAACAGCAGCUGGAUGUCAAAGGCAAAGGCAGGGCGAUCGAAGAACCGUCAGAAAUGCCGGCUGUGCGUCUGCGUGACAAGUGGGGAGAAGGACCGGUGAAGCUCUUGACGACGGCCGAAAAGGCAAAGCUAAAGAGACCGACUGCUGGUCCUGGCUGGUUCGACAUGACGGCUCCCGAGAUGACGCCCGAGCUCAAGCGAGAGAUUCAAGCGAUGCAGCUACACAACGCGCUCGAUCCCAAGCGAUUCAUGCGUGGCGAGUCCAAACGGGCUGCAAAGAAGCUACCAGAGAUCUUUCAGUUCGGUCACAUCUUGCCUUCGACCUCUCGUACGCCUUUGACAAAUACUGGCGGUCCUGUUGCCAUGCCGAAGAAGCGAACCUUCCUCGAGCAGCUCGUGCAGGACGAGAACGCAAAGACGUACGCCAAGAAGAAGUUCCUCGAAGUGCAGGCGCGUUCGCAGAGUGGCGGCAAGAAAUUCUACCAAGCCCGCACGGCUGCUCGCAAACGUCCCCGAAAGAUCUAG